GUCAAGCGGGAUUGUGAUUGGGUUUUCCCGAGUUGAGCUGAUCGAUCCGAACGGAGUCUGUGUAUCGCGGCAGAUCAGAACCUGGAUUGAGCUCUUAAGGAGAUCAGCGUGUGUGUGUGUGCGCCCUGUUUCUCAUGCGGGUGUUUGAGAGCAACGGGCACCGGAUGGCCCUUACAUCGGCUUCAGGGAGACAGUCAGCCGUCUAUAUGGAGAAAAGACGAUGUAAUCCUUUUCCUUUAUGCUGGGCUGGAGAAUAUGACCGACACCUAGCACACAGAAAAGGAAUGGCGACAGCAUAUCUGGAGCCCAACCCCAACCACACUCUGGGGGGCGUGGCCAAGGCUCGUCUCAGUGCAGGGACAGAGAGGGUCCCUGGAGCACCUGACCGGGUCCUAAAGGUCUUCCACCAUUUCGAGAACAACAGCGAACACAGCACUUGGUCCAGUAACAUCCGACAUGGAGAUGCAACGGACGUCAGGGGAAUCAUUCAGAAGAUUGUGGACAUUCAUAAAGUCAAACACGUGGCUUGUUAUGGGCUGCGUCUCACUCACGUUCCAUCAGGCGACAUCCACUGGCUCCACCCUGAUAUGGGCGUAUCCCACGUACGGGAGAAUUACGAACAGAACCUUCCUCAGGAUGAAUGGAGGUAUGAAUUGCGGAUCCGUUACCUGCCCAAGGGCUUCCUGAGUCAGUUCACUGAAGACAAACCAACACUGAACUAUUUUUACCAGCAGGUGAAGACUGACUACAUGUUGGAGAUGGCAGAUCAGGUGGAGCAGGAGAUCGCUCUGAAGUUAGGCUGUCUUGAGAUCAGGAGGUUCUACAGAGAAAUGAGAGGAAACGCCCUGGAUAAGAAAUCAAACUAUGAACUAUUAGAGAAAGAUGUCGGGCUCAGACGAUUCUUCCCCAAAAGUUUACUGGAGUCUGUAAAGGCCAAAACCCUGAGGAAACAGAUCCAACAAGCCUUCAAGCAGUUUGCCAACCUGAAUGAUGAGCAGAGCAUACUGAAGUUUUUUGAAAUCCUGGCGCCUGUGUACAGAUUUGAUAAAGAGUGUUUUAGAUGUGCUCUGGGGUCGAGUUGGGUUAUAUCAGUAGAUCUCGCUAUCGGUCCAGAGGAAGGAAUCAGCUACCUGACAGACAAGGGCUCAACACCGACACACCUGGCCAACUUCACUCAGGUGCAGAGUAUCCAGUACUCCUGUGUGGAGGAGAGAGAGAGGAAAGGUGUCUUACAGCUGGAUGUGGCAGGAGCACCUGAGCCUCUCACGAUCAGCACAUCAAACUUUACCACCGCGGAGAACAUGGCUGACCUCAUCGACGGCUACUGUCGACUGCUUAAUGCCGUCAGCCAGUCCUUCAUCAUCAGGCCUCAGAAAGAGGGCGAGAGAGCUCUUCCAUCAAUCCCAAAAGUUGCCAACAAUGAGAAGAAGCUUGAAGGAAUCCGUGCAGGAGUUCGAGCUAUCUCUGUGUCAGACUUUGAGCUUCAGACCCCCAGCAAAGCUGCUAAAGCUCGUCGCUUUCUCCUGCCGUUUGUUCUCUGUUCCCACGAGUCUCAUCCUAAGGAAACAGACGACUACGCAGAGAUCAUAGAUGAAGAAGACACCUACACUAUGCCGUCUACUGAAGUCUAUGGAUUGGACGCAGCUCAGGACUAUGAAAUCCAGCGAGAGAAGAUCGAGCUGGGACGAUGUAUCGGUGAGGGACAGUUUGGUGACGUCCACCAAGGCGUCUACGUCAGUCCGGAGAAUCCAUCUUUAUCUGUGGCCAUCAAGACGUGUAAAAACUGCACAUCUGACAGCGUGCGUGAGAAGUUUCUACAGGAAGCCCUGACAAUGAGGCAGUUUGACCAUCCGCACAUCGUGAAGCUGAUUGGAAUAAUCACAGAAAAUCCCGUCUGGAUCAUUAUGGAGCUGUGCACACUUGGAGAGUUAAGGUCAUUCCUGCAAGUAAGAAAGUACAACCUGGACCUCUCCACGCUGAUUCUGUUCGCCUAUCAGCUGAGUACAGCGCUGGCGUAUCUGGAGAGUAAACGCUUUGUUCACAGGGACAUUGCUGCCAGGAAUGUUUUGGUGUCUUCUACAGACUGUGUGAAACUGGGUGACUUUGGUUUGUCCAGAUACAUGGAGGACAGUUCAUAUUAUAAGGCAUCUAAAGGGAAACUGCCGAUUAAGUGGAUGGCUCCAGAAUCCAUAAACUUCCGUCGCUUCACCUCAGCGAGUGACGUCUGGAUGUUUGGGGUCUGUAUGUGGGAGAUUCUUAUGUUUGGAAUAAAGCCUUUCCAGGGUGUAAAGAAUAAUGAUGUUAUCGGGCGGAUAGAGAAUGGUGAGAGGCUGGCGAUGCCACCCAACUGCCCACCCACCCUCUACAGUCUGAUGACCAAAUGUUGGGCGUAUGACCCCAGCAAACGCCCGCGUUUCACUGAGCUCAAAACCCAACUCAGCACUAUCUUGGAAGAGGAGAAGGUUCAGCAGGAGGAACGCUUCCGUAUGGAGGUGAGAAGACAGGUGACUGUAUCCUGGGAUACUGGGAAUUCAGAUGAGGCUCCUCCUAAGCCCAGCAGACCUGGUUACCCAAGCCCUCGAACCAGUGAUGGUUAUUUCCCAAGUCCACAACAUAACCAUUACCAGGUUUCUGGAUAUCCUGGCACACAUGUAUCAGGUGCAGCGUUUCCACCUUCAGUCUCUGUGCUCGAUUCUCAUGACGCCUGGAAUCAUCACAGACAAGACGCUCCUGUUUGGUCUCCAAACCUGGAGGAUGGGGCGGCUCUGGGGCGGAGUCAAGUGCUGCCAGCACAUCUCAUCGAGGAAACGCUUAUGAAACAACAGCAGCAGAUGGAGGAAGAUCAGAGAUGGUUAGAACAAGAGGAGAGCUUCCUGAAACCGGAGCCGAACUCUCGGAGCAGUAUUGAGCGGGAGGACGGCUCUAUUCAGGGUCUGAUGGGAAAGCAGCAUGUUUACCAGCCAGUGGGUAAACCAGAACAUGUAGCACCUCCAAAGAAACCUCCUCGUCCAGGAGCUCAAAGUCACCUGACCAGCAUCAAUCCAGUGGAAAAUUACAAUGAGGGUGUAAAGAUCCAGCCUCAGGAAAUCAGUCCACCACCGACAGCCAACCUGGACCGCUCGAAUGAUAAAGUCUAUGAGAACGUAACAGGGCUUGUGAAGGCCGUUAUUGAGAUGUCAAGCAGAAUCCAGCCGGCACCUCCUGAGGAAUAUGUGCCCAUGGUGAAGGAUGUUGGCCUGGCCCUCAGAACUUUAUUGGCUACAGUGGAUGAGACGAUUCCAGUGUUACCUGCCAGCACACACAGAGAGAUCGAGAUGGCACAAAAGCUUCUGAACUCUGAUCUUGGUGAGCUCAUCGGUAAGAUGCGAUUGGCCCAACAGUACGUGCUCACCAGUUUACAACAAGACUACAAGAAACAGAUGCUUACUGCGGCCCACGCGCUCGCCGUAGACGCCAAGAAUCUGCUGGACGUGAUCGAUCAAGCACGACUGAAGAUGUUAGCUCACAACCGGCCACAUUAGUUUCUCCUGGAUGGCUGGAUCAUCGGAGGAACGCUUCAGCACAGGACGUCCAAAACUUUUCAUGCUUUCAUGUACAUCAGUGGACCGUAACUCAAAACUCCAGACACUUUUAACGGAAGACUUUUACAUCAAUAAACCCUUUUUAAAAAGACACUCAUCAGGGUUUCAUUGGCUGAAAGGAUGACAAACACUCGUUUUAUAAACCUUUAGCAGUGUUGCAUUUGAUAUUGUAUCCUCCUAACAAACGAUCUCAGUGUGGAGAAACCUGCAACUGGAACCCACGUGAACUCUGAGCCAAAGUGGGGUUUAAGGCCAAAGGCAUCACAAACGCUUCCUUUACAUUAUUUUGUAUGGUGACCUCAGAUGAUUAAGGUGCAUUGAGGGCUCGUGUUCUCCUCUGAUAAUCUCAGGGGUUCCACAUGUGGGCACAACGGCUCCAAACAUGUCUAUGAUGCCACCUCACUAGGUUUCGAGACACAGACAGAUACUUUUUUGUACAUAUCUUAAUAUAACUAAAGCCAAACUACAGCAGUAUUUAACAUAUUUUUUAAAGAAUCACAUCUACUUGUAUCGGAAAAGAGGGAUUUAUAAUAAAAAGAUGGAAAGUAAAGUUACUCUGAUGUGAGACGAUUAUUACACCAGGGACAGAAGUUCAUAUCACAUAUAAGUCACUUGAAGCACAGUACUGGUAAACUGUUAGAAUCAACUACCUUCCAACUUCUUAACCAUGACCCACUUUGUUUUUUAUUAGUUUUUCCACACGCCAGACUUUUCAAAUCAAUAGAUUUUUGAUUAAAUGACUUGUGUAUAGAACAAUCGUGAAUCCAUUUUCUCAUUCUGAUAUAAAUUAUUCUCAGGAAGAACCAACUGUAUAGAGCUUUUAACUAAUAAAAUAUUAUCUUUA